AUCACGGAUCCCACACAGGUGCCUCGGGGCAGGUGCAUCGGGGCAGGAUGGCGCAGGGGUAUGGAGCGGCUGGCAAGGAUGCAGACAUCGAGUUCGUGAGGACGGGGUACGGAAAAGACAAGGUGAAGGUUCUCCAGAUCAGGAGGAGCGGGAAGCAGCAUUUCAUCAAAGAGAUCGAGGCUUCCGUCCAACUUUCUUUAAAGUCCAAGAAAGAUUAUUUGUACGGAGAUAAUUCUGACAUCAUCCCCACCGAUACCAUUAAAAAUACCGUGUACGCCUUGGCCAAGAUAAAAGGGAUUAAGACCGUCGAGGAUUUCUCCGUGGAGAUCUGUAACCAUUUUCUCACAUCCUUCGGCCACGUCGCCAGCGUCAGGGUUUAUAUCGAGGAGGCUCCGUGGAAGCGUCUGGAAAAGGACGGACAGCGCCACGUCCACGCUUUCCUCUACUCUCCGGAGGGGGUCCGCACCUGCGAAGUGGAGCAGAAAACAGGAGGCCGGCCUGUGAUCUCCUCCGGGAUUAAGGAGCUCCGAAUCCUCAAAACCACCCAAUCCGGGUUCGAGGGAUUUCUGAAAGAUCGUUUCACGACGCUCCCCGAGGUCAGGGAUCGCUGCUUCUCCACGGUGGUGAAUUGCAAAUGGAAAUUCUCCUCAAAAGUGGCCGAUUUUGAUUCCGUGUGGAAAACCAUCAAGGAAACGAUUCUCGACACGUUUUCCGGUCCCUACGAUAAAGGGGAAUAUUCUCCGUCGGUCCAGAAAACUCUGUACGACAUCCAGAAGCUGAGCCUGGACAGGAUUCCCGAGAUUGACGAAAUCGAAGUGAUUUUACCAAAUAAACAUUAUUUCACCGUCGAUAUGAGCAAGUUCGGUCUGACCAACCAGGAUGAGAUUCUGCUGCCCUCCGACCUCCCGUACGGGAACAUCACCGGCACCGUGAGACGCAAAGUCCUCUCCAAACUGUGAAACGCGCCAGGAGCAACACGGAAUCUGCAUGUUUCUAUAACACGUGUGAAGAGCAUGUAACAUGUAACAUAAACACCGCUUGUAAGAUG